CCAGUGAACCUAACCCACGGAGUGUUUUGUAAUUUGCCUACACCACACCUCGGUGUCAGAAUCGCCCCUCUUUUAAUGAGAGUUAGGAAAUUUUAUUUAUUUUAUUACUUUAUUGAACCACAUUGUUGAAGAUUUAUUAUGCCUGUAAUUAAACCUAUAAAGAUGAGAAAAGGCAAUUGAACUCUAGGCUUGAAGCUUCGCUUUGACCUUUUUUUCACUGCAGCACCCCAUAUCAUUUCUCCACCUCUUUCUUCUUCACACAAGACAUCAAUAGGACAUAGCAACAGCAAAUGUUUUUUUGUCUUGAGCAUAUGCCAAUGUGGAUGCAGUGAGAAAUCAGGCCUUGGUAGAUAUGUUUAAGAACCAGCUGCAAGAACUUGCACAAAGAAGUUGUUUCAACCUCCCUUCUUAUGCUUGCAUUAGAGAAGGACCUGAUCAUGCACCAAGAUUCAAAGCUUCUGUGAACUUUAAUGGUGAGAUCUUUGAAAGUCCCAGUUACUGCACUACAUUAAGACAGGCAGAGCAUGCGGCUGCUGAAGUUGCCCUUAAUGUUUUGUCUUUAAGGGGUCCUGCAAGGUCUCUAACAGCAAGAGUUCUUGAUGAGACUGGAAUUUACAAGAACCUACUUCAAGAAACUGCCCAUAGAGCUGGGCUUAACCUCCCUGCAUAUACCACUGUGAGAUCAGGUCCUGGUCAUGUCCCAGUUUUCACUUGUACCGUGGAGCUUGCUGGUAUGAAUUUCACAGGUGAGCCUGCAAAGACAAAGAAACAAGCUGAGAAGAAUGCUGCUAUUGCAGCCUGGUCUGCUUUGAAAAGAUUUCCAAACUUGGACUCUCUGAGUAGCAAAGAAGUGGACACUCGUGAAGAACAAGAUCAAGCAGUUGUGGCAAGGGUACUGUCAAAUUUCAGAUCCAAAGAUGAAGGUAGAUAUGCAAGAAAGAGGGAUCAUAAUCAAGCAAGAAGAAGAAUGGUUAGAGGGCACAAAGACAGUAGCGGUGCAUCAUCUUCCACCACCCCAAAUAACUUUCUACUGUAUCCACAUCGGAGGCUCCUGGAUCUUAUAUUGGAUUCUACCUUAGAUGGUUCAACACAAAUGCAGAAGUCCUCCUUUAUGUCUCUCCUUCCUCCACCCCCACCCAGAACAAGUUCAAAGAUUUUGCCACCGCCCUCACAUAUAGACAAUCCAUCUCCAUGCUCAUCGAACAGGCCUAUUCCAGUACAAGUUAAGGGAAAAUCACAAGUUCAUGUCCCACUUGAAGAGCAUUUAAAGGAUGAAGAAGAAUGGUUAGGUACUAAACCAGAUGUCAUCAAGAAAAACAUUGAAAAGGAGAGUGCCAGCAAUUCAAGUUCAAGUAAUCUUUACGGAUCCAGUUCUAUAUACAGGCCAUUUCCUUUCUCCAAUACUGGGAAGCCGGUCACUUCCUUGCUUGAUAACACUAGCCAGCAAAAAUCAACCCACAUUAGUAGCAGAAUUUUUGGGUCUACAAAUCCAUCUCCAAUGGCAUCCAUUUCCAUCAAUACACCUUCAAGUACCCAUGUUCCAAGGCCUAUGUUCACUGGAGGGUUUAACCCUCACAGGAUUGCACCAGCUGUUCAAAUAAGGUCAGUGAUCCCAGUUUGUGCAGCAGCACCAUCACCAACCAGACCCCCACAAUCAUCACCAGCUACAAGUGCUCCUUCCCUUUCUAACUUCACGGGAGUAGCUGAGGUAUCAAUGCUCAACAAGUCAAAUCCUCAACCGAGUUCUACCGAAUUCAAAAACAAGCUACAAUUAUUAUGAAUUAGCAGUAUAAGUUGAAGAAAAGACAAAUCUUGUUUAAACCCCAUAAUUAAGCAUCUCUUGCCAGUUGUUGUGUCUUGAUGGGGCUGGUUGUUAAACAAAAUCGGUCCUUUUUCUUUUGCCUUUCAAAAACAAACCAUGGUGUUGUCUCAUGGGGUCUAAAGGUUAAAUUUUUGUAUUUAUACUCCUGAUUAUAUAAUACUCCUAUAAAUAUUACUC